UUUCCGUUUAAUUCCUUGAGUUGGCCACGUGGACUUUUGUAGAGCAAAGGAGAAAAUUUUGGAGAGAAAGACAGGAUUUAUUAAGGAUAUAAUUGUCAUUUAAUGAGCUAGUUAUUUUCUUAUAUAUAAUAAAUAGACUACUACCUCUGUCCCUGAAUUUACUUCAUCAUAUAGUGGCACGCGGAUUAAUCGUAUUUAAUCUUAUUUAAAUAUUUGACGAGGCAGUAUAUGUUUAGUACUUUAGUUCUCUUUUUUAAUCUUAUUUUAUUUAUGGCGGUAUAUUAUACUGAUAAACUUUUAAAAUACAAACAGACGUAUAUUUUGAUUUUGGUUAUUUAACAUUUGUCAAUAUAUUGAAGUUUGUGAAUGAUUGCAUAAUUGAUGCUGAAAUCUUAAGCCUUUGGUAUCACAUAAGCGAGCUCAACAUUUGCAGGAAUCCAUUCUAUCUUACCGCAGCAACAAUGGUGUACGGCUAUCUUGUAAGGUGACAACUCCGGUACCCUUUUAAAAUUUGAGGUAGAAGAGACUGUACUUUGCUGAUUUUUGCUAAUCUUAAUAUAUGGACAUUGAUUUUAAAUCAUCUGAGGAAAAAGAGGUCACUAUGGAAACGGAAAGCAAGGGCACGAAGAAGGUUGACAUUUCCAAUUCAAUGGAAAAGCUUCAAAUUGAGGGGAAUUCAUCUAAAUUCAAUAGAAAGCCAGUUAUCAUCAUUGUGGUUGGAAUGGCAGGAAGUGGGAAAACUACAUUUCUUCAUCGACUUGUAUGUCACCUUGAUCCUGCUGUAAUGACCCUUCCAUUUGGAGCGAAUAUUGAUAUAAGAGACACAGUUCGCUACAAGGAGGUUAUGAAACAUUCAACCUAGGUCCUAAUGGAGGAAUCCUUACUUCUCUAAACUUGUUCGCUACAAAGUUUGAUGAGGUAAUAUCAGUCAUAGAAAAACGGGCAGACCAACUGGACUAUGUUCUCAUUGACACACCUGGUCAGAUAGAGAUCUUUACAUGGUCUGCUUCUGGUGCAAUUAUCACAGAAGCUUUUGCAUCUACCUUCCUUACUGUUGUAACAUAUGUUGUUGAUACCCCACGAUCUGCUAGUCCUGCCACUUUUAUGAGCAACAUGCUUUAUGCAUGCAGUAUCCUAUAUACAAAACACGACUGCCUCUCGUAUUGGCCUUCAACAAAACAGACGUAGCACAACAUCAAUUUGCUUUGGAGUGGAUGGAGGAUUUUGAAGCAUUUCAUGCAGCACUUGAGUCAGACGACUCUUACACUUCGACCCUUACACGAAGCCUGUCCCUUUCACUGGAAGAGUUCUACAAGAAUCUCAAGUCUGUUGGAGUCUCUGCAGUUUCCGGCACUGGGAUUGAUGAAUUCUUCAAUGCCAUCAAUGCAAGUGCUGAGGAGUACAUGGAAACUUACAAAGCCGAACUUGACAAGAGGCGGACGGAGAAGCAACGUCUGGAAGAAGAACGCAGGUUGGAGAACAUUGAGAAAUUGAGGAGAGACAUGAACAGUUCAAGUGGAGAAACUGUUGUCUUGAACACUGGUUUAAAGGACAAACAAGGAAGAAGUAAUAGCAUGAUGGAGGAAGAUGAUGGAGAUGAUGAUGAUGAUCUCAUAAGUGAAAAUGAUGAAUAGGUUGCAAGUUUCCAUUUUGAGAAGGUUAAUGUGGUAUUACAUGUUUGUUUUCUUAGACAAACAUGGUUCACUCACUUCACUGCGUGUAUAUAUUACUGACAUGAUGAAACUGAACUGGACCAGCUGGUUUUUCUUUCCCCGGUAGAAGGCUAUUUUUUAAUGACGUUGGCGACUACUUCCUCCGUCCCACUUUGGUUAUCAUAUAUAUUCCUUUUGAUUGUCC